CCCCCCCCCGCCCCGGCAAGUUUAUUUUGCAUGAUGCGCUCUACUUUCAGCCAAUGAGUUUCUGGAAACGAGGGCGCAGCAUUGAACAAUGCAAUCCUAUCUUCAUUGUUACUAUAGGAAAUAGCAUCUAGCAGUCUUGGCUAACCUUGAACAAGUGCUCAAAACCUGCCUGUCUCCUCAGGAAGAGCAGCUGACUGAAGCACUUAUAGGUGCUCACCCCUUCCCUCUUUAUCCGAAGAGAUUUAAAGAGCCGGUCUACUCACCAGUAUGGUCUUCAUGAACCUCAUACAUUUUGAGUCACUUUGCACUUUCCUGCUUUCCCAAGUAUUUAUAUCAUGGAGUAUCCAAGAGCUACAAGUCAGUCAAGAAAUAAUUGAGAAGAUUUCAGCGGCUUCCCAAUUAAUGAAUUGCUCUGCUCCAGUCGAUAUCUUAUUUCUGUUAGAUGGAUCCUAUAGCAUUGGCAAAGCAAGCUUUGAAAGGUCAAAAUAUCUGACAAUCAAGCUUUGUGAUGCAUUGGACAUCAGCCCAGAAAAGGUUCGAGUUGGAGCAAUACAAUUCAGCAACACUCCUCACUUGGAAUUCCCAUUGGAUGCAUAUUUCACUAAGCAUGAGAUAAAAGAUCAACUCAAGAAGAUUAUGUUCAAAGGUGGGCGAACAGAAACAUGUCUUGCUCUGGAUCACAUUCUUCAACAAGGAUUCCGUGGAGGCAGGAACUCAUCAGUUUCCCAAAUCCUUAUAAUUUUAACUGAUGGGAGAUCUCAGUACAAUGUGUCAACCUUAGCCCAGCAGAUAAAAGAAAAGGGGAUUGCAGUGUUUGCAAUUGGAGUCAACUACCCAAGGUGGGAAGAACUGUAUGCACUAGCAAGUGAGCCAGUGGAACACUAUACACUGUUUGCAGAGGACACUGAUGAUGCCUUCAAUGGGCUCUAUACCAGGCUUACACUGUCUGAUAUCUGCAAUGCUGCAUUUCCCGGUUGCAGGGCUGAAUCUCAUCCCUGUGAACGCAAAACACUUGAGCGAGUAAAAGAACUGGUUGGAAACUAUUUCUGUUGGAAAGGCUCCCAAAGCAGUAAUAUUGUACGCACGUCACUCUGUCCUUUCUACAAAUGGAGAAACAUUUUCAUCAAAUAUCCAUCUACGUGCUAUCGAACCAUAUGCUCAGAUCCUUGUGAUUCCCACCCUUGCCAGAACGGAGGCACUUGCAUUCAACAGGGAUUAGAAGGCUACCACUGUGUCUGUCCAGUGGAAUUUGGAGGAGAUUCCAACUGUGCACCAAAUAUAAAUCUGGAAUGCAGUGUGGACCUUCUUUUUUUGGUGGAUAGUUCAUCUAGCACUACUCUUGAAGGCUUCUUGCAUUAUAAAACUUUCUUGAAAAGGUUUUUCCAUGUAAUGUGGGAUUCAGAAACUCUGGGAAAUGUGGCCUUGGCCCAUUAUAGCAAUGAUGUCAAGAUGAUUGUCCAAAUUGGGGAUUACAGAGAUAUGUUCAGUCUGGUGAAGAUCAUUGAUUCCAUGGAGUUCAAUGGAGGGAACACUUUGACCGGCAAAGCUUUACAAUUUAUUACACAACAUGGCUUUAAGCGUGCACCAGUCUUUGCUGAUGUUCCUGAAGAUCUUCCCCAUGUUGUCGUAUUGCUCACAGAUUCAAAAGCUGACGAUUCAGUGGUAGAAGCAGCUAAGUUCAGUAGGAAACAAGGUAUUUCUAUCAUUGCAAUUGGCAGUGAAUUUUUAAAAAGAGAACUGGUUGAGAUUACAGGGAAUCCAAAGCAGACAAUUAUCUACUCCACCACUCAAGAUCUAGUCAAUAAAAUUACUGAAUUACAGAGAAAAAUCUGCAGCAUCGAUAGUCAAGGCUGCCUAUCUCAGCCCCUGGAUUUGGUCUUUGCUCUGGAUUCCUCAGCUUCAACUGGAAGGUUUAACUUUGUCCAGAUGAAAAACUUUGUCAGCAGUCUCUCUUCCCAGUUUGGCAUCAAUAGGGAUGUAACACAAGUCAGCCUUGUUGUCUUUGGUAAAAGACCUCAAACAGUAUUUGGACUGGAUACACAUGUUACUAGUUCAGCUAUUCAGGAAGCCAUCAAACAAGCUCCCUUUAUGGGUGGCUCUGCUUCAGUUGGAAGUGCCUUGCUUCAUAUUCAUGAUGAUAUCACAGUUGUUCAAAAAGGAGCAAGGCCUGGUGUGAAAAAAGUUGUGGUAGUCAUCACAAGUGGAGCUGGAGUGGAAGAUGCUGUAGUCCCUGCCCAACAGCUACGCAGUAAUGAUGUAUCACUUCUUAUCAUUGUGACAGAACGUGUACAAAUGGACUUGUUGUUGAGGAUUGCAGGCUCUUCUAACAGUUUGGUGAGAAUGUCUUCUUAUGAAGAUCUCAGACAUAACGAAGACUUUAUCAUGCAAAAAUUGUGUGAUGAAGCCAAAAUGCCAGUAAAUAUCUGCAAACCUAACCCCUGCAUGAAUUAUGGAAUUUGUAUUCCUAAAAAUGGCAACUACUGGUGUCAAUGCCAAGGCUGGGAAGGACCUCAUUGUGAAAACAGAAUUCGAAGCAGUGACACUUCACAAUCAUGGAAACAUCCUGCAAUGAUCCAUACUCAUCUAAAUUGAGAUGUUUGGGGCUGCUAUACAGAAUUCACCAGUAUUUAAAAAAGAAAAAGAAAAAAAGACACAUGGAGUAGAUGCACUAAAAUGGACAAAAGAACUUUUGCCUUUAGUUACUGAAAUCAUACUUUUCAGGGAAGCGGAAUAUACAUUUGCAAGCAGUAUGCUGUUUCUAAGCACAAAAGUUUUGCACAAAAGUAUCUUAUUGUAAUCAAAAAUAAGGUGACUAAUAAUAUAGCAUAUUUUUAUAUUGCAUAUUUAUGUUCGAUAUACUAUUUUUUUCAACGUUACCUCUAUAUAAUGAUUGCCAUAAAUCCAAGUUUAACAGUAGUACAAAUUGACAAGCUCUGACAUGGCUUACAAAAGCUAUAUUUAUAUUGCUAUAUAUGACUAUAACAAGUGAGAAGCUUUCAUACACAAUACUUACCCAGAUUUGAUCCCUGAAAACUGAUUUUGUGAAACCUGACUUUAUUUCCAAAUAUACAGGAUGAAUACAAUUAAGGCACGUUUUAGCCCUUUAAUGACCUCCAGAUCUACUGGUUUAUAUAAGAUUUUAGAGAUUGGCAAACCCCUAUCAUUCACCAAAGAUAAUGGCUUGUAUCCAUGGUUUUACAUGGCUGGUCUAUUCUUUCCUCCCAAUUCCAACUGCAAUUCCUUUAGUUUUUGUCCUUUAAUUGGGAAGUUCUAUCCCUUUGACCAAAGCAGGAAUAAAAUAGAUUCCCAUUUCCAACCAUUUUUUAGCAUUUUGGGGGCGUGCCAAGUUUACCAUUAACUGCAAAAGGAACUAUCUGUGGUUACUGCUAUUUUUUCCUAAUGGUUUCAUUAAUUAAGUCCUAUGAUUUUAUAAAAAGUAUCAUCUGCCAUCUAAUCAAUCAGAGAAGAAGGAUUGUAGUGUCCCAAAAGUCCUCUGAUAAACAUGAGUUUGACUUGUGUUAUAAUGGAAGAGAUUGUUCAUUGCUGGCAUGCUGAAAUUGUAGCUAAGAGAACAAAUAUUAACAGUGCAACUUUGCUGUAGUACAAAUGGAAACAUACAUGAGAAGCAAACUAGCUGCCAAAUGUGUGAAUUUAUUGAUUAUGCCUCAAUUCAGUGAAACAAACUAUUCAUCUAGAUGAGUACAUAAUCUUUUCUUACUUUUGCUUACCAUCUUUUAUCUCCAAGGUAACAAAGAAAUUGCAUUUAUUUUAUAGCACAUUGUAUAAUGGUAUUUUGGUGGAGGAAAAGGAAGCAGAAUGUAUAGUUAAUGAUACUUGUAAUAGGUAUUAUAUGUUUCAGUUCUCCAUAUGCAAACCAAAGUGCCUUUAUACAGCUGUGAAUUCUAACUGUUUAGCUAUCUUGAAAUUUGUUUUAUAAUAUAAACUAGGUAUACCAUGUCUUGGUUGGACAACCACUAAUGACAGCAAAAAGAUAAAUACAGAAGACUAUUUCUAUGCUGCUACCUAGAGAUAAUCUUGUUUUUUUCCAGCUCAAAUAUGAUGUCCCUGGAUUCUAUAAAUGCUUCCACAAUUGAAGAUACCGAAACAGCUUUAACUGUCCAGAAUUAUAGUUAAAGACCAAAAGCCAGAAUUUGUAGAAGUUAUGAUGAGAACUCAGAUAUGAUUAUCUAAUCUAGCUUUCUUUGUUAUAUAGCAAUCCAAAACUGAUUUGAAGUAACUCUCAAACAUAAAAUAUGGAUAUAGCACCAUUUCACUGUUGUUUUCUAGCAAUUGAUAUAUAAAAUACACUGACUGCGAAGCCAGAGAUGGUAGAGUACAGUGAAAUAGUAGUAACAUUGAUAGACACAUUCUCUAUAAAUUUGUCUGUUCCCAUUUUAAAAAUCAUCUAACUUGCUGGCUUCCACCCACAUCCAAAAUUAUAGUAAAUUUAUCCAUUUUUAUUUAUGAUGGCUAGCAAAUAAAGAUAAGAUUAAAAAAAGGGGGGGGAAGUCAAAUAAAUAAAUAAACCUUUAUAAGAAUCCUCUGAAAUCUUACUGUGAGUUCCCUGCCAAAGUUGUGAGAUGCUAGAUUACAAAGCUCUCUAACAUUGUAGGUUAUAUAAAAAUCUAAUUUGUGAGUAGGCAUUCAACAUGGUAACUGGCUGAUUCUCCAGGUAUUGCUGGUAGAAGAGAAAAAAAAUACGAUCCUGAUGCAACAUUGCAUUAAACUGCAGUAUAAAAGAACAUACAUUAUUGAUUCUACUUCUUGAGUGCUACAAGAGCAGAAAUGGAGAGCCACAGGGAGUCUAUAAUAUUUCUCCUUAACAGUGCUGAAAGAACAACUUUGAUAGUUGAUAGUUUGAUAGUAGGAUCAGGGAGAAAAUGUAGGGAACCAUGCCUCUUUGAUUCAUUCUUUUUGGUACUUAGAAAAAAAUGGGCAAAAUAUCACUGGAAACAGAGUACAGCCCAGUGGGCUGAUAGAUAAGUUUAAGCCAAUAAUUGAAUUGUUGGGGGCAAUAUGCUGACUCUCUAAACCGCUUAGAGGGGGCUAUAAAGCACUAUGAACAGGUAUAUAAAUUUAAGUGCUAUUGCUAUUACUAGCCAGAUUCUUUAGUCUGAUCUGCCUUCUUCCAAGCCUAAGAGAUGCAUUUGAGAUGCAUUUGAAGUAUCAAGCUUCAAAAACUUAUUUUUAGAAUCUUGACUGAACAGAUCCCAAGAGAUUAAAGCUAGAAUAUGGUCCCUUAGCUGCCCCAGUUAAAAGUUGUGCUAAAGCUUUUGCCUGGUAAAAUGUAGUGACUACAGUACCAAAUUCCCUAAUUCACUGAAGAAUACUCAGAAAGUGAUCAAAUUAAAAAAGGCUGAUUUAGUGAGAAACAUAUAAAUACGGGUGAUGUAGAAUUGGAGCAGUGAUGGGAAGGGAUAGAGAGAAAUUCUGUAUUAUGAACAUUAUUUGGCAAGAAAUCCUUCAGGAAUUAUAUAUCAGGAAGGCAAGUUAUUUUGUAACUGCUACCAAUCUAUUUUAGAGCUCCCUAGAUAAUAGUUUGCUAUCUAGCCCUGCAAUCCUAUAUGUGUCUGCUCCAAAGUAAAUCCCAUCAGUGUAGGUUUACUCAUCACUAAAAGGUUUUAUGAUUUCAUCCUAAAUUAGCUAAGCAGUGUAUCCAUCUCACAGGCUUUCUUUUAUUAUAGAAAUAGCAUUAUUCGUAAAAGUCUGCAUCUUUUUUUUUUUACAAGUAAGCCAAUGAAGAUUUUAUAUUGUUCAGAAAGGCAGCUGCUAAGCUUUCAGGGGUUCUUUUCUGCUGAUUCUGAUUCUCUUCCCCACUUAUUGCAUUUCCCUUAUGUGGGAAUAAAAAGAGUACAUAGAGUCAUUUUUGCUUGAAUAACCCGUUUGCAGAUCAAAAGCGUCAGCAAUUCAUGUUGGUAUGUUUAAUAAAUAUUUAACAUGCUGCAGUCA